CUUCUCCAUCUUCAUCUUCAAUUUGUUUUUAAAAUAUAUAUAUAUAUAUAUAUAUAUUUUUUUUUUAAUCGUUUAAAAUUUCAAAAAAAAGUGUCUAAAUUAUUUUAAACCUUGGCGCGGGUUUAUAUAUUGACCGAGUGACCAAACCGAGUCAUGAGGGAAACCCCUCCGAGUCGAUGCGCCUCAGACCUCCAUUGAAAGCCUUUCCCGUUUCCAGCUUUCGCUCCUCCCAUCACCAACACAGUUUCUCAGCUGUUCCACAUGAGUUGACUCGCCCGAGUCGAACCCCUGAAUCUGUCUAUAACCAUCUCUUGAAGGCGUGCACGGAACAGUGCAAACUGGUUAAUGCCCACCACUCGAUCGACGAAACGUCUGAGACAUCUCAAGCUUUGAGAACCGGCAAGGUCGUCCAUGCCCACAGCUUGAAAUAUGGAUUGGAUUCCUAUGGGUUUCUAGGGAAUUCUAUUGUUGCUCUUUAUGCCAAGUGUGGCAAUGUGGGUUUCACCGAGAAGGCAUUUAAUCGGCUUGAGAGAAAAGAUGUAUUGGCUUGGAACUCGGUUCUUUCAAUGUACUCGAAGCGGGGAUUGUUGGAACAGGUUGUUGAGUCAUUUGGGUCACUGCGUAAUUCUGGGGUGUCGCCGAAUGAGUUCACAUUUGCAAUGGUUUUGUCUACUUGCGCAAGGUUGGUGGAUGUUGGGUAUGGUAGACAAGUUCAUUGUGGUAUAAUUAAAAUGGGGUUUGAGUUGAGCUCGUUUUGUGAAGGUGCACUCAUUGAUAUGUAUGCCAAGUGCAAUUGUGUGGGUGAUGCUUGCCACGUUUUCAACAGCUCUGUGGAGUCGGAUACAGUUGCUUGUACUGCAAUGAUUACUGGGUAUGUUCAAGCUGGAUUCCCUGAGGAGGCGCUGAAAGUGUUCGAGGAGAUGAAGAAAGUUGGCCGUGCUCUAGACCAGGUGGCUUAUGUCUCUGUGAUUAGUGCUUGUGUUGGUCUGGGAAGGCUUAAUGAUGCUUGUGAGUUGUUUGCCCAGAUGUCCAGCGCGAAUGUUGUGGCUUGGAAUGUGAUGAUCUCAGGGCAUGCAAAGGGAGGUUAUGAGGUGGAGGCCGUUAAGUUUUUCGUAAAAAUGAGGAAAGCUGGCAUAAAACCCACAAGGUCCACCCUAGGAAGCAUAUUAAGUGCAAUUGCUAGUUUAGCGGCUUUAGAUUAUGGAUUGCUAAUUCAUACUCAUGCAAUUAAACAAGGUUUAGAUUCUAGCUUUUAUGUUGGAAGUUCUUUAAUCAAUAUGUAUGCCAAGUGUGAAGAAGUAGAUGCUGCGCGGAAAGUAUUUUGUAUUUUAGAUGAGAAGAAUAUUGUUUUGUGGAAUGCAAUGCUUGGAGGUUAUGCACAGAAUGGGUAUGCCUAUGAAGUCCUAGAAUUGUUCUCCAGUAUGAGAAACAGUCGCAUUCAGCCAGAUGAAUUUACCUUCACUAGCGUUCUGAGUGCAUGCUCUUGUUUGGAGUUCUUAAAAAUGGGUUGCCAGUUGCAUUCAGUUAUUAUCAAGAAAAAAUUGGCAUCAAAUUUGUUUGUGGCAAAUGCAUUGACAGAUAUGUAUGCAAAAUCUGGGGCUCUGAAAGAAGCAAGAAAACAGUUUGAGCUCAUAAGGAAUCGAGACAUUGUUUCUUGGAAUGCAAUUAUUGUUGGUUAUGUCCAGGAGCAGGAUGAGGAAGAGGCUUUCCACAUGUUCCAAAUGAUGAAUUUGCAAGGGAUACUGCCAGAUGAAGUGUCCUUGGCCAGUAUUCUUAAUGCUUGCGCCAAUAUCCGAGCACUUAAACAGGGGCAGCAAGUCCAUUCCCUCUCUUUGAAAUCUGGCCUGGAAACAAGCCUUUAUGCUGGCAGCUCACUUAUUGACAUGUAUGCCAAGUGUGGAGCCAUUGACGCUGCACACAAGGUCUUCUCUUGUAUGGCCCAUUGGAGUGUGGUCUCAAUGAAUACUAUGAUUGCUGCCUAUGGUCAAAGCAAUCUAGAGAAAGCAAUAAAUCUGUUUCAAGAGAUGCAUGUCAUAGGAUUAAAGCCGACAGAAAUCACAUUUGCAAGCCUUUUAGAUGCAUGUAGUGGACCAUAUGUGCUAAUAAUAGGGAGGCAAAUCCACUGUCUAGUAUUAAAGAGAGCCCUUCUGUACGGUAGUUCUGACUUUCUAUGUGUAUCUCUUUUGGGAAUGUAUAUGAAAUCUCAAUGCCAACAAGAUGCAGACAUUCUUUUCUCUGAGCUUCCGAGGCCAAGAAGUAGAGUGUUAUGGACUGUUAUUAUUUCAGGACUCAUUCAGAAUAAUUGCUCUGAGAAGGCUUUACAGAUGUACCACCAAAUGCGUUGUGAGAAUGCCCUGCCUGAUCAAGCCACAUUUGCUAGUGUCCUUCGAGCUUGUGCUGUAUUAUCUUCUUUAAGUGAUGGUAGAAAAAUGCAUUCUCUCACUUUUCAUACUGGUUUUCAUUUAGAUGAGCCAACUAGUAGUGCCCUUAUAGACAUGUAUGCUAAAUGCGGGGAUGUCGAAAGUGCAGUGCAAGUUUUCCAAGAAAUGAGUAGUAAAAAUGAUGUUAUUUCUUGGAAUUCGAUGAUAGUUGGACUUGCUAAAAAUGGGUAUGCAGAAUAUGCACUAAAAGUCUUUGAUGAGAUGAAGCAAACACGCAUUAUGCCUGAUGAUGUCACAUUCCUCGGCGUUCUAACUGCUUGUAGUCAUGCAGGAAGGGUAGCUGAAGGCCAUCAAGUCUUUGAUAUUAUGGUUCAUGAUUAUGGUUUUCAGCCUAGGGUGGAUCAUGUUGCCUGCAUGGUUGACCUUCUUGGCCGGUGGGGUUUUCUCAAGGAAGCAGAGGAGUUUGUUAACAAACAAAAUUUUGAAUCUGAUGCUAUGAUAUGGGCCACACUACUUGGUGCCUGCAGAUUACAUGGAGACGAAUUAAGGGGACGAUACUCAGCUGAGAAACUCAUUGAGUUAGAUCCCCAAGAUUCUUCAUCCUAUGUACUGCUUGCUAACAUUUAUGCUGCAUCAGGAAAAUGGACUGAGGUAAACUCUUUGAGGAGGGAAAUGAAAGAAAAAGGAGUAAUGAAGUUGCCUGGAUGUAGUUGGACUGUGGUGGGACAAAUGACACAUAAGUUUUCUGCUGGAGAUAAGUCUCAUCCCAAAACUGAUGAAAUCCAUUCAGUUUUGAAGUAUUUGACAGCACUGAUUAAAGAAGAAAAUUAUGUUGUGGACAUAGAUUCUUUCUUGCAUGAUGAAGAUUGAGAGAAGCACCUUCUAUAUGCAUGCUGGCUUAACUUAGUAGUGGUAGUACCAUAUUGAUAUCUACUCUGAUAGAGCGAUGACAUAGUGGUCAUUCAAAGCCAUGUGGAGAAACAUAAUAGCAAUGAGGUAAAAGGCAGGCCCUUACUGGGAAAGGUUGAUGAGACUUUGGAUUCGGGCUUUAGGCAUAGGCCACUUAGGGCCUAUGUUUAGUGGGGGCCCGAAAAAAAUGAUUCUCGUAUUCAUAUUUAUACAUCUGUCCAAUAGAAUUUACAUUUUAUAAAUUUAUACGGGAAACAUAUCUUUCAAUUAUCUUAGAAGCCUCAAAAUUAAAAAAAGGAAUUAUGUUUAUUAAUCUCAGUAAUUAUGUCAAAUUAAU